CGUGUUGUAACUGACCUGCCGUCCACCAGGUGUCGCUGUCGGGCUGCAGCUCAGCCGCACACCCGGCCGCGGAGUCCAGGUAGCGACACGGUACCGCCUCUGCUGUCGGUCCAACCAACUUGGCCAACAUGCCGCUCUCGAACAGAGCCACAGCGCUGCAACUUUGCCUCUGUGUGUGGAUUUAAAUGAUCAUCCGGAGCUUCUCAUCGCCGCAUGGUCGCCGCUGAAUCUUGAAACCUGAAAUGUGGACUGGACUCACCUGAGCGGUGAACUUACGGACAGAUCUGUUUUUGUAUUUUUUCCUUCCUUCCUUCCUUUUUUUUUUUUUUUUUUUAAACCCGGGAUUUUUAUUAAAAUGUCUGAGCUAUGGACGAACUGCAUUUUCCUCCUGGCGUUUUGUUCUGGAUCGGGGUUCGGGAUCCUAAACAAAUGCGACGAAGUGCGGAAAGUUUUCCAACUCAGGGAAAUUGGACCAAAUCAAUUAUUGCCUUUGAGUCCCAGACCAGGUUCGGACCUCCAGGUGUGCGUGUCCAAGAACCUGACGUGCUGCACCAAGAAGAUGGAGGAGAGGUACCAGGUGGCGGCUCGGAGGGACAUCCAGAACCUCCUCCAGACGUCCAGCUCCAGCCUCAAGUAUCUCAUCGCGCGUAAUGUGGCCGCUUUCCAAGACACCUUCGAGGUCUUAAUGAGGCAGGCCGAAAAUCACACCAACAUCGUCCUCCAGGAGUCGUACCGCAACAUGGCUGACCAGGCUGAGGUUCCUGUGCGGGAACUCUUCACUGACAUUGGUCUCUUCCUGCUGGGGUCUGAGCUCAACGUCGACGACUUAGUGCAGCGAUUCUUCGACGCCCUCUUCCCGCUCGUCUACAAUCACCUCAUCAACCCAGGCCUCAGCGACAUAUCGCCGGGCUACGCCGAGUGUGUGAGGUCGUCCAGCCGUGACGUGAGGCCGUUUGGCGGGGCGCCCGGCAUCCUGGCUGAUCAGAUCACUCGCUCGGGGGUGUCGGGGAAGCUUCUCCUUCAGGCGCUGCAUCUCGGCAUCGAGGUCAUCAAUACCACCGACCACUUACAGCUGAGCCGUGAGUGCAGACGGGCUCUGCUCAAGAUGCACUACUGUCCUCACUGCCAGGGCUUAACCCAGUCCAAGCCCUGCAUGGGUUACUGCCUCAACGUGAUGCGGGGCUGCUUGGCAAGCAUGGCGGAGAUUGACGCCCACUGGAGGGAGUUUGUUCGCUCGCUGGAGGGCCUGUCAGCGCGGAUGCACGGGCCUCAGGAUUUAGAGCAAGUGCUGCUGGGAGUUCACACGCUGCUUCACGAUGCUGUCGGACACGCUCAGAAAAAUGGACCCCGCCUUUCGGCACAGGUGCACAAACUGUGUGGCCCACCGAGCAGGAAGCCCGCGCAGUCAGUCAGCAUCCAGCACAGCAGCGGCAGAGAAUCCAUCCCUCUGAAAGCUCCCGUCAAAGUGUCAGGGGACUCGCUGGCUGUCAGGAGGAGGGACUUUCUGAACAGCCUACGUCUCUACCGCACGUACUACGGUGGUCUGGCGGAUCAGCUGUGUGUGAGUGAGCUGGCCUCUGGUGACGGGCUGCCCUGCUGGAACGGAACCGACAUGGUAAAAAGCUACACCCUCCGUGUCGUGGGCAAUGGGAUCAAGGCUCAGAGCACCAACCCUGAAGUGAAAGUGAAGGGAGCGGAGCCUGUAAUAAAUCAGAUCAUCGACAAACUGAAACACAUCAAUCAGCUGUUGCAGGGAAAGUCCAUUCCUAAACUGGGGUCACUGGACCAGAUUGAAACAGGAAGUGGAGACGCAGAGGGACGCUACAGCGGUGACUGCGAUGAUGAGGACGGUUGUGGUGGUUCAGGUGCUGGCGAGAAUAAGAGGAUAGUCCCCAGAGUCUCCAAAUUGAGUCCAGAUGUGACCGGAGAUCAUAAACAUCAACAUCAUCAUCAUCAUUAUCCACCUGCCGAGGAUUCAGAGGCGAAGGGCAGAUCCAGAAGCCUUGGACUGACGGGAGCCAUCUGGGUCUUGAUAUUGCCCUGUUUACAUAUGCUCCUGGCCUUGUAACAGCUGCCUUUUUUGCAGCAUGAAACUUUCAGGACUUGAUUUCAAGCUAAUUAAUCCAGAAAUGAAAGAGCCAGCGGACGUAAUGGGCCCCGAUAUGUGAUGGAGCACCGCUUCCACACAGUGAAGGACAUGGGAGGAGUGAACACUGACAGUUGUGUGUGGAAAUUACACUGUGGCUUAUAUGUAAGGAAGCAUUUGCAAAUAUCAAUUACUUUUUUAUCUGUUACCCGGCAUUCAUUAACACUAAUAACGACUUAUUUAUAACAGCCGAUGUCAAAUCUAAAAAAACAAAACAAAAAAAAACACAUGUUGUGAAAGUUUGGUAUUAAUUUAAUUGUAUUCUGGACAUAAUAUAUAAGAUCUGUAUAUGUAUAUAAUCAUUAAUUUGUUUCUGCAUAGCCCAUUGUAAUGCACUGUAAACAGCAUAGGUCGUUCUCAUAAAUGGGGUUUUACAGCUGCUUACUGUUAUGCUGGAAAUUGGAAAACCUUCCACAGCUCUUGCUUGUUGCAAGCCCAAAUUAAAAUGGCCUGUUAUUUUAGACUUUCCUAAGAAUCCCUCCUGUGUGACAUUUUCUGUACAAAAGUGUUCACAACUGUGCUUCAGAUCAUCGUAGAAAACCGUUAACCGUUACAGUUAACACUCACGUACAGUAUAUACUGUGUUUCAUUACACACUACAAUCUGCUGAAAGGAACAAAGAGGAAAUUCAAAGCGUCUGCCUCCCUUCACUCGUAAUAACUGCCAUGCUGUCCACAGCCCAUUUAAUUGGUAUAAUUCAAUUGCAAAAUUGACCUAUAAGGCUUCUGCUGAGAGGAAUGGUGAAGGGAGGGGGUGGGCAGGUGGACAUGGGGGGGUGCAAGCGAGAGAAUUUAUACUCCUUUCUUCUUUAGAAAUAGAUUGGUUUCCUCAGGAGUCUAUUAUCAUCCUUCAAAUUCAAUCCUCCUCUGCCUUCAUAUAGGCCUGGGUGGGAGCUGAUAGCUCCUGGUGAACCACUGGCGAGGAAGAGCCCAGUUCCUUUUAGCUGUUACCUGACUAACCCUACUGCUGGCGUGUUACUGGCAGGUUUCUGUGCAGAGAAAAAGGAUGAUGAUUUGUUUCACAUAUGCCAUGCAUGUCUGGUCAAUGGCUGGGAGAGAAAAGCACUCACCGGUGCUGAAAAUUGGUUCUUUGGCUCAGGUAUGUCUUGGAAAUGCUUGUAGAGCUUAAAGAAAAAAAAAAAAAAAAAAGUCGCCUUUUGAGAUGCCGUGGAAGCUAAAAUCACACUCUUUAUAGUGAAAUUCCUCCAUUCAUAUACAUUAUUCAUAUAUUCCACAGAGACAAACAGGAACAAACAUUAAAGCUGCUACUGUAAAUAGAUGACAGCGUAAGAAGAAAAAUAGCUGAAUCAUUCAAUUAGUGCUCGAGACAGCUUUUCAUUUGCCAGCCAAAGGUACAAUCUCCUCAGGUACGUGUUUGAUCAAAUGCGAUCAUAUUUUAAAAGCCUGCGACCUUCCUCAUGCUGCAGUUGUCCUAAAGCAUGCAUAGCAUUAGUCAUUAGUCAUUUUCACCUUUAAUGUAGCGGGUUAGACUUUCAUCACGAUAUAAAGUCAAGGCUGUUUGAGAGUCUGAAACACUUGAGUGGCUUGGAGCUUCUCCAGCUGCAGUCUCAAGGUUGAGAAAUGAUAACUUUUAGAUUAAUUAUACUCAUCAUUUCUUACUGUGAAUUAAAUCUAAUGUCUGCAUAUUAGGCUUUUUUAAGGUGAGAUCGCCAAAUGACAAUAGCUGCUUAUGGGCUUUAAAACAGUUGUUAAACUGCCUUUAACCCAUCACGACUGCUCCUGUGAACCAAUUAUAUCACAGGUUGGCUUAAUCAAAGUCAACGCUAUUGUCAUUUGAACAACUGUGUUAAUGACACUAUUAAAGAAUGGUGUUCUGUCUCUUAACUGGAUAACAGGCAGCCGGCACUGAGCCAAAUUUGCCUUGAGGCUAAAUAGAUGUCAGGUCAAACUGGUCCUUUACUUAAAGGAAAGAGUUCAGUUUGAUGUCUUUUGUGAUAAUUAUCACCGCAUAUUGGGACAAGAGGAGGGGAGGAAGGGGCCAGAUGAUGCUAAUACCCAAUGAUGUGCACCCACAUCCAGAUAGGUGUCAUCCUGCAGGCAACGCAAUGUGUCAGCACCUCUUGAAUAACAUGUUUUCUGUCUUAAAGGAGACCUUUUGCUCAAUGCUUUUUUUUUUGUUUGUUUUUUCCUUUCCUUACGUGUGUUAUAUCAAUUCUUGUGCACGUACAAUUUCUUGUAAUUAAAAAGGUCAAAAUCCACAUCGAUGAGAGCUCCUCUCUGCCACAGAAAACAUUGCUCCUGAAAUGGCUCGUCAGUAGUCGUGACGUGGUCCUGACCUGUGACUUUGUGACGUCAUACUGCAUUACCAUAUCUCACCUUUGCAUAAUUAACAAAUAUAUUCACAGUAGAAGUGAAGCUAUCUGGAAGCCGAUACACAAUAGAGCCGAUCUGAAACGCAGUGAGCUGUUCUGGUUCAGGCAUGUGUGCACUGACCAAUCAGAGGACACUAGGUAGGAGUCUUAAAGAGACAUGAGCUAAAACAGAGUAUUUCAUACAGAGGGGCACAGCACUGGACAGUAUAAGAAAACUGAUGGAUUUUUUGAGCAUUAGAACAUGAAAACCUGUUCUAGUAGUAACCCAAAAUCACAUUUUGAACAUGAAAAUGUUUCCUUUAAUAUCCUGUUCCCAGAGUAAAUGAGUUAUUUGAAAAAGAGAUUCCUGUAAAACAUGCAGCUCUGUUCAGAUGCAAUCUGUAUAUUUUUCAUGCAAUCAUGUUUUGAUACCACUGUCUUUAGCUUCGGUUCUCUGUUAUAACUUUAUAGUCAGGAAGGCAACUGCUGAGAGCUCAACAACACUGCUGAAAAUAGGUCAGACAAGCAGUCAAGCCACCAGGCAGGUUGUAAACAAUUCCCCAGCUUAGUAAAACUUUUUGGGAAAAUAAAAUAAGGGCAAAACAGUAAAAUGUUUAUCCAAACAGUCCAUGGGAACUGUUCCUGGUUCAACUUUGACGCUAUUUUCUUUGCAAUGAUUUUCAGCGACGUUAGCGCCUCUGUUGUUGACCUCCAAAUAAAGUUUGGGCUUGUUUACAUCCUGA